AUGAAAGACCCAAGUCGCAUCAACAACACCCCAAGCCUCAGCAACAUCGAACUUAUCCUACAUGGACAGUUCAUCAAUGAUGACAAUCCCUUUGCUGAAUACAUGUGGAUGGAGAACGAGGAGGAAUUCAACAGACAGGUCCUCUACUUAUUCUGUCAAUUGAUGACGUACUAGAUUAGGUAGCUAGUUCAUGUUAUUUUUGCAUGCCUACACCACACAAAGAAAUACCUAUUUUUGUAAUAGUAAUGUAUCAUUAUUUAUUUUAUUUACAGUGUUACGAAGAGGUGGGUGUCUAAACUAUUUUGAAUGCUUUUCCCCCAGAUUGAGGAGGAGCUGUGGGAGGAGGAGUUCAUUGAGCAGUGUUUCCAGGAGAUGUUGGAGGAAGAGGAGAACGAAUGGUUCAUCCCAGCCAGAGAUCUCCCUCCAACCCACGGUCAGCUGCAGGACCAACUCAACCUUCUGGUCCUCAGUGACACAGGCAUCGUCAACGGCAUGGCGGUAAAUGUUUCAGAGUGGUUUUGUUUGUCCAGGUCUCAUAAAAAUAAAAAUAAAGUAAAGUCUGUGGAAAGUAGACAUUUUAGUUGUCCUAGACUCGCGUUAGUCUUGUACAUGCCAGACUGAUUACCACUGCGUGUAGGGAACCAUUCAUGUUAACUCGCAGGAUCAUGCGGCUCGCCAGGCUAGUCUUGUGUGGCCAUCCUUCCAAAUCUUGUCUCAUCGACUCGUGCCUGUGUUUCUGAGGCUAGCCUUGUCCCAGAUAUAUUUGUGCUAUCUUGCCACCACAUUUCAAGUUUUAUUAGUUUAUGUACGGGAUACACAAGGGAUACACUGCCCAACGAAACGCUUACUUGCAGGUUCCUUCUCGACAAUGCAACAACAAUAAGAAAUAAGAAAAGAUAAGAAUGCGAACUAAAGUAAAUGGCUCAGUAGUAUAUAAAUAAAUAAAAAUAGAUGUAUGCACUCACUAACUGUAAGUCGCUCUGGAUAAGAGCGUCUGCUAAAUGACUCAAAUGUAAAUGUAGAAUAGAAUAAACAUUUUAGCAUAAGUAUAAAGUAUGUUUUUUUGUCAUGUUUGGCAUGAGGAGUUGGCAAGAUAGUACAGGCUGGAACAUACUGGGCUAAGAGUAGGCCUAUGAUAUCUAAAUUUGUUUGGAUUGAAUCAUCUCUGUAAGCUUUGAUUACAUUUUCCCACAUGUUUUUUUCUCUUUAGGUCAACAGCAACUUGAACCCUGAAGCACAAGAAUUCGUACCAGGGUUGAAGCACUGA